AUGGAAACGACCUUGACGCAAGGACGCUUGGCGAACGGCGAUGAGAAUGCGACAAGUUCGAAUUCGCAAACGCCAUUGAACAAAGUAUGCCGAAAAAAGUUUUCGCGAUUCCGACAUAAAGAGUACCAAUGCGAUGAUUGCGAGCGAAUGUUCACGUUGAAGCACAAUUUGCAGAACCAUUUCAUUUUGUACCACAUGGGAUGCAAAACGCUGAAAAAGCCGUGCAUCUCAACGACAUGCCAAAUCUGCUUCAAAAUCUAUUCGUCGCCGUCGGUGCUCAACGAUCACAUGCAGGAUGUGCACAAUGUGACGGCGGCGUCGAAGGAAUGCGAUGAGUGCCACAAGAAGUUUUUGAACGAGGCGGCGCUGACGCGACAUAUGAAGGCGGAGCAUGAGGCAUCGGUUGCCGGUAGUGCCGGCGAUCUGAAGAAAUGCCCGUUUGAGAAUUGCAAGCAUGAUGGAUUCCGAUUUGUCAAGGAAUUGAAUCAGCACAUUCGCGAUUGCCAUCGGCAGGCCAAAUAUACUUGCUCGAUAUGUGCCGCCUCUUACACGAAACUUGCCAACAAAGAGAGGCACGAGAAGAGCCAUAUGGGACCGAGGCUUGAGAAAGAGCGAAACGAGACAUCGGGAUUCGUCGAGAAACACGAUUUGGAUUCGCCGAUUGAAUUGGAGAUUGAUGAGGCGAAAUCGGAAAAAGUGUCGAUGAAUAUUCAGGCCGACGAUGAUGGAUUAUUACUGCCGGCACGCGCGCGCAAUUUCCAUCCGGAACUCGAAGCGAUGCCGAUUAAGCGGAAAGUGGCGCGGCGAAUAUGUCGCGACGAGAUCCUCGCGAAAAUUCAAUGA